AUGGACUGGCAACGUCGCUUAGAAGCAGCCAACCCAAUUCAAACCGAGUGGAUAGUUCGAAAGGACGGUGGUCACGUGACCGACAUUCUCAAGCCCAUGAUGCGCACCCUGUGGAUUGUCGGCCUCCUGCCUCGGGUGCCUCACAGAGUUCAGGCCAGAGGCGCGAGAAGUCGCUUUUCGGAAGACGGCAGGGGGAUUCCAAAGGAGCCUUUGCGUAGAAAAUUUCUAAGGGGAACGCCGAUGCUGCUCGUUGUGUUCGGCUACCUUCUUCACUUCUCCGCGGCCACCGUCUACAAUGUUACGCGCGAUGGAGGAUUCUUCGGGUUUUUCGCCAACUGCGGCUACGUGCUUCGUAACGUCUUUGCUGGCAUAACACUCGUCCACUUCUUGACGACACAAGAUGAGAUGCUAAGACUUCUGGAAGACAGUCGACAUCUCCGGCAGUUUCUGGCGGCCUCGAAAGCACGACAGGUGUGCAGGUUCUGCGUGCUGGCGGUUCUGUUCGUGGCACUCAGCUGGAUAGGCCUUUGGGCGGCGACCGCCUACGCCGGGUUUGGAGAUUUACAGCGCUACUUUGACUACUAUCUCUACAAGGGAGACGUCACAAACGGCACCAUCCCGAGGUGGCUGGGCUACGCCUUCGCCUUCCUGGACGCCACUUUCUACAGUAUAAUGACCCAUUCGCUAACACUGCUUCUCGGAUUUCACGUGUGCGCCGCAGUCCACCUCCGCGCCCUUGCAGCUGAUUAUGCAGCGGGAGUGGAGAGUGUGGAGCCCACGAGAGCCGCAGCAGCGAAGUUGAAGGGCCUUCGGUGGCGCCUGCUGUUUCUCUUGGAGCUUCUACGGCGCUUCGAUCGCGUGGGCAGUCCCGUGGUAUUCUGCUGGUACCUGAAUGCAGUCGGCAACCUGGUGCUGAGUGUCCCCGGAAUCCUGGUGGGCCUCGGCUCGGCAAGCGCCUUCGACUACCUGUACAUGCUGACCGACCUGUUGGCCAACCUGGCCGCCUUCGUGGCGCUAACUCUGGCACUGUCGGAGCCGGCGCGCUUUGUGCGCGACUCGCACCGGACCGCACUGUGGCUUGCUGCCUCUGGUGUCCCCGGAGCUCAAGCGCUGGCCGAGGCGGCACAGUCAGCCCCCGUGUCGCUCUCCGGAUGGGGUUGUUUCUACGUUCACCGUGGCAUGGUGCUCGGUGUUUUUGCCACGGUGUCGACGUAUGUGAUCGUAGUUUACCAGUUCAUACAAGACGCCGUGUGAAUUUGAGGCUGCUUGCGCUUCGAAGCCUGAUGCAGUCGUGAAGAGAUGUUGAGAUAGCGUAGACUACUGCAGCAUGUUACAAACACGUACGAGUAAGAAUUUUGCAUACUGAAACAAGAACAAAACGGCAUUGUCAUCGUCGUAGGCAUCCCCGUCGAGUCACCAUACCGCUCUAUAUGUCCGGUGCAUUUGAAUAGGCAUGUCAUGUUAAUGUGGACUUUCACGCAACCGCACCACAUUCCUUUGAGGGCUCUUCGAGCAACUAUCACUUUUGU